AUGCAUGCUCUAUGGUGCUGUGGACCGCGGAGAAGCCGUGGCUCAGCCGGCAACAAGAUCAGCUUUACUUCCAUAUUCAGAACUUCAAAUACUCCAGCUGUGAACACCAGAAACUCCGCUGGAUCGAACCAGGAAUGUAAAGACGGAAAUCCAAGCGAGCAGAUAUCUCCGUUUGAGGGCCCUGUGGAACUUUGCCAGCUUGCUAGCACCAGCCCAGAGAAUGGCGAUACUGGGAGCCUCAUUCCUAGCACACGAACAAGCACAUUUGAAGGGGUCAAGGCUAGAAUAGUUAAGCAUUUGUCGCAGGAUAGCGGGCCCAGACGACAUUCUCGAGUGUCCAUUGGACACAGUGACGAAGAGUUAGCAAGACGAGCCGAAGUUAGGCGGCUGCGACAAAAGCGAAUUCAGGAUGAGCUCAACAAGGAUGACGGCAAUGACGGCCAGAGCAAUGGGUCACAUCAGAGCGCCAGAUAUCUCUCUACGCUAAUUGAUAUGGGGAGCCCGUGUAGCGGCCCGAGGGAUACACUUGAGUUUACAUUUGAUGAUUGCGCGCUGGCGUCUCGUCCCACGUCGUCAGACCUUUCCUGCAACCAGCAUACACCGCCUAAGCAGGAAGAUUGCCAACAAGACGCAGAUCAUGAUGAAAUAUGUGCCACUCGCGAUUGUGGCUCUCCGGUUGAUACACAGUCAAAUAACGAUGAACUGCUUUGUCGGUCUCGCCCUAUUCGCGGUCCACUACCAGAGAGAAGAUGUGUCUCUAUGGUAUCAAUAUCCCCUCGACCAUCCAGUUGCCAGCCCGGUUCGCCUCGUCUUGACAGAAUCAUUGGGCCUGACAAUGAAUUCAAUAUUCGGCAUGGGUCACAUGCCUGGGACGACCAAUCUGCCCUGGGUAUAUGGCUGAUCGCCCAAGGCAUGAAGCCAGCUGACCACUUUGUGUUUCAACCUGAGCACGCACCCAGGGAUGCGAAUACCGCACAAGACAACAUUUGUUUGCCAAUGGAGGGGCCGGGUGGCGUCGAUAGCAUCCUAGAGUCAUCGUUCUCUAUACUUGACCGAGUCAAUACUGCAGAGUCUCUCCUUCCGGCGCACACCGAAGAGACACACGAGGGUUCAAUUCAUCCCGCGUCUGUUAAUUCACAAAGAUCAGGCACAGAUCAACUACCCACCUCAGAUACUACUGCAAAAUUAAGCACCAAAUCUCAGAAGUCCAGUCACCCAGCCAACAACGGGUCCUCGAAUUACCCAUCUAAACUGCCUAGUUUUGAUCCUAGUCCGUCAGGAUCAGAAUUACACGGAUACGUGCUCAGCCAGAGAGACUUGGAUAAUCUCGAGCUUUCACCUGUUCAUUGGUGUGGAAAUUUGCCGGCUUGGAAGGAUCUGGGACACUCUGAAGGCCAAAGUUCCUAUGCAACCGCAGAAGAGGAGCCAUCCCCGCAACUACCAGGGGGGGUCAAUGCUUCAGAACUUCGAAUAAAUCCUAUAUCUGAAUCACAGCAGAUCAAGGAUGAUAUGGUAUACCCUAAGAAACUUAACUCGCAAGAAUCGGUGCCAGGGCUGGACGAAAGCAUCAUCAUUACAGCCCAAGCUUACGAAGAUUUCGUAAACCGACCGACGCCAACUCUGGGCCGAAAAUCGUUCAGAGAAAAGCUACAACACUCUUUAUCACAUAUCUCAAAGCUGAGCUCCAGCAGCUGCAAUAGCUCAGUUAAAUUUGAUGGUCCCAAACCUGAAGCUGGCCGAGGCUGGGUAGUCAACGGCAAUAAGUGGCAUAAUUUCAUCAACCGCACCUCGUACGACAACACAGAAUCUAUACAUGCUAUGAACCCGCUCGCGCAAUCAAAAACACGACAACAUGGGCACCGAACCGAUUGA